GUGAAGGAGCCUUGCUGGCUGGACAACCUUUCUCUAGCUCGGGGCUACGAUACGGCCGCAUCCCGUUCAAUCUCCAGCCUGCCCCUGAAAGGAUGGUUAGAGUCAGCGUCUUGAAUGAUGCAUUAAAAAGCAUAUACAAUGCUGAAAAGCGAGGAAAGCGCCAAGUGAUGAUUAGACCUUCAUCGAAGGUUAUUAUCAAGUUUCUUCUGGUCAUGCAGAAGCAUGGAUACAUUGGUGAGUUUGAGUACGUAGAUGAUCACAGAGCUGGAAAAAUAGUUGUUGAACUUAAUGGAAGGUUGAACAAGUGCGGAGUUAUCAGCCCUCGCUUUGACGUUGGUGUAAAGGAAAUUGAGCCAUGGACUGCCAGAUUGCUUCCUUCUAGGCAGUUUGGCUACAUUGUUCUGACGACUUCUGCGGGCAUCAUGGACCACGAAGAAGCUAGGAGGAAAAAUGUUGGUGGAAAGGUCCUUGGUUUCUUUUACUAGGCGCACAUGCAUUUCUGGAUCUGUGUAUUCCUCUUGUUUAGAGGUUUUUGCUAAGGACCACCUUGGCAAAAGAUUUUGUUAGUUUUGAACUUAUAUUGUGUGUGAGAUAAUCCAAACCGUUCUAAUUUACAAUUAACUUCUUUAGAUA